AUGGCAUCAUCUAUUCAAAAGCCUAUCUCAAUAAAUAAUCAAUCUCAAGAAUCUACUAUAUAUUUAGUUGCUGAUGGUAAUCAAGUUCAAUUGGUUCAAGUACCUAAUAACGUACAAAAACCUGUUAUAUUUCGAAAUCAAAAUGGUCAAAUUCUUCAAGCAAGACUCAUACCUGCUGCUUCCAUAACUAAUCAACCUGUUUUUGUUUCAUCUCAAACAAAUGAAAAUGUUUUCAUCUUAUCUAAUUCUUCAAAAAUAAAUAUUCCUCGACAACAACAAAUUUCUAGUACUUCUCUUAUGACACAACAGCCACAUGAAAGUUCUUCACAAGCAAUUAGUACUGCUCAUACAAGUUCAUCAUUUGAUAUAAAUUCAAAAAGUUCAGCAAGUGUAACAGCAAAGAGGACAAUGCAAUCAUUAACAAGUCAUACACAAUUACCUGCAGCAGUAUUUCCAACAUCAAAUUCACUUGAAGAUACUUUACAAUCAUCUAAUAGUGACACACCAUCAAUAUAUAAUGAUAAUGAUACAUAUGAAGUAGAUGAUUCAACAACAACAACAGCACAUGAUGAUCUUACUCUUUCACAAAUAACACAAAGAGCUAAUCAUCAUCAUUACCAUGAACAAUUGAACUGUUCAAGUUUAUUAAAAAAGAAACGUCAACGAACAAGAUCAUAUGAACAUGAUCAAUCGACAAAUAAACGAAUAAGAAAUUGUUCAUUAAUUGAACGUACAUAA